GGCGGGGGGCUCCGCCCUGGACUGCAGCGGUCCUCAGGACGCCCCCCCAGAACGUCAGUGCUUCUCUGCCGGGCGCUAGCCAGGGCCCCCCACACACACUGCUCUCCAAAAGGCCGCUCCAGAUGUGUCCCGCAUGAACGCCCCCUGCUCGGACGGCUGCCAGAGCGCCUUCAUUCUGACGGUCCCCUCACCUGCCAGGCCCCCCACCAAUGCUUUCUCUAGGAUCUCUUUCACAUAGUUCACCGUCAUUGCUUCUUUUGCAGGGCAGUCCCCCGAUGCCACCAGCAUUGCUCCUCUUGUAGUGCAGUGGCUCGUGAAUCCUAAAGGACUGCCUCCGAAGAGGGCUGCAUUCGUGCUUUGCGACAUAACUGUCCCCCACUAACGAUGAUUACAUACAUUCCACUCCCAGAGCCCCUUUUGUCGUAAAAAUGUUUUCUAUUCUGAUCAAAAUGCUAUUUACUCAUGUAACCCCUCCUUAAUUCCGCUCAAGAAUACCCCUUUCAAACACACCCCUCAACGAACAGCUCCCUCUAGCGUUCCCCUUUAAUACCCACAUCUUCCCUCCUGCCGCCCCCCCCCCCCAGGCCCCCAGCAGAAAAAACCUGUCUGCUUAGCGCCAGACUCUGCUCCUGCCUUCAUCCUGGCCUCCUCUGCCUUCAGUACUUCUGCUCUAGAACAGAGCACGGCAGUGGGACGUUCUUAGAAUGUUCUCCUUCCCCUAGCCUUAGCCAGUUCUGUAGUCACUUGCAGCCAGCUUGCAUGACACUUCCCUGGACUUCCUAGGGAAGGUUCCCUGGCUCCACCAGCGUGCAACACACCUCUUUCUGUAGACAUUUGUUGUUCAUGGAGUGACUAUUCAUCCUUCCAGGUCCAGGGCAUAUAGUUGGGAAGGAGAGAGGUGCAGACAGUUUUUCAUCUUAUGAAGUUUUAAAGUUUAAUUAAGGCAGAUCAGAAACAAGAAAACAAAUAAGCAGUAUAAUGCUCGCUCUCCAGGAGGCUGGUGAGCCUCUUCAGAAGUGAAACCUGAAUCAUGAGAGGAAAUUUAGCAAGGCAAAGAUCUUGGUAAACAGCCAGGGGGGACAGGGCACUGUGACCAUGGUGAGUAGAGGAGCAGCGGAGGAGGCUGGUGAGGGUGGAGCAUGAAAAUUGAAGGGAAGAGGGUUGGAGGGAAGGCUGAUGGCAGAGAGCUUAGGACACCUCUUCUACCCCAAGCCCCGAAGGCACAUCAUUCAUGUAUGUUCACACACACACUUGCAGAUAUUUUAUGAGUGCCCACUUCACCCUAGGAAUGCCACAAGAACAAAACAGGUAAAAAUCCCAGUCCAUGUGGACUGGAUAUGAUGUCAAGAGGGCAGACAUCUAAAAAUCAAAAUCCAUAGAAAUCCAAAGUCAUACAGUGGGCUAAGGAGACAGAGUUAUAGGGCUGGGGUUUCAGGAAGACCUCACCCAAGAUUCCCUCACUCUCCAAUAAGCCAUAGGACAAAAGGUUAGAUUUGGGUGUAAAUUCCACUCCUCUGGACAACUGUACUGCUUUUAAUACCCUCUCCCCAGGAGCAAAUGAUUAAGAGGGGCUACUAGGGCUCAUAACUUAAAGCACUUUCUCUCUUCAGUCACUUUUUCUCUUCCCCUCCUUCAUUAAUUUAAUCAAUGAGUUCUUAUCAAGCCAGGCACUCAUGUUGGUCCUGAGAACAGAGUAGUGAACAAAAUGUAAACUUUGCUUCUGAGCUGGGUUUGGUGCCUAUUAUCCCAGUGACUUAGGAGGCUGAAGCAGGAGGAUUGCAAGUUCAAGGCCAGCCUCAGCAACUUAGCAAGGUUCUAAGCAACUUGGUGAGAACCUGUCUCAAAAAUUAAAAGGACUGGGGUUGUAGCUCAGUGGUAAAGCACCCCAGGGUUCAUUUUCCAGUAUCUGCCACCCUCGGUUUUUUUUGUUGUUUUUUUUUCCCCCUGUCUCUGCAGUGGCACCAGCUUAUGAUCCCAGCUACUUGGAAGGCUGAGGCAGGAGGGUUUUAAGUUUGAGGCCAUUGUGAGCAACUUAGCCAGAUCCUGCCUCUAUACAAAAAUGUUUUUUAAAAAGGGCUAGGGUUGUAACAGGUAGUUAGAGCAGUUGCCUUAUAUGCGCAAGGCCCUGGGUUCAAUUCCCAGUACUGAAAACAACAACAAAAUAUUUAAAAAAACAAAAACAAAAAAACACUCUCUGGAGAGGGAGACCAGCAAAACAAGACAGGCUGGCAGAACGUGUGGAGCAUUAGUUGAUGGUGAGUGGUAUGGAGGAGAUGAAGCAGUGGGGAUGUGGGCCUGGCCGUGGGCCACAGUGGUCACCAAGAGCCAGUUUGAGAAGACAAAGUGGAGCAGACAGGAAGAAGGUGAGAGAAGGAGUCAGAGCACUUUGGGCAAGGCAGCAGCCCUGAGCAUGGGUAGAGCGGACACACUUGUGUCUGUGGGGGCCUGUGGGGGAGAUGGAGGUCAUCCUAAGGUCUCAGUUGUGCUCUGAGUAGAGUCAUUGUAGGGUUUUGAUUAGAAGAAGGUCAUGGUUUGACUCUUGUCCUAUCUUUAAAUGGGAAUAGUAAUGUUUAUGAGUUUGUUGUGAAGUUGAGACAAGUCACAUGAGUCAACAAACAAUAGAGUUAACAAAUGUCAGUGGCUUACCAUGGAUUGGGUCCACCCAAGAGAUUGAGAUUAGGUGGCAGGGAGGUGGAUGAAGCAGAUCAUGUCUCCAGUAUACAAUGGAAUGGGGGCUCCACCGUUGUCUCAGGGUAAAAUACUGAAGGCAUAUGUAGGGAGUCACACCUGCUGUGUGAUGUUGGGAGACUAAUUUACCUCUUGGUUACUUUCUUAGUUACUUCCUUUGUAUUUCAGAGUCAAUAUGUGUAACCAUCUGGGCAUGGAGGCGCACACCUGUAAUCCCAGCAUCCCUGGAUGAUGAGGCAGUAGGUCCCAAAUUCUGGGCCAGCCUGGGCAACUUAGACUCUGUCUCAAAAUUUAAAAGUAGAAGUGGUGGGGGAGGCUGGGGAUGCAGCUCGUUGGUAGAGUACCCUGGGUUCAUUUCCCAGUGCCAGAAGGAAAAAACCACCAGAUUAAUUUAACUCUUCUCAUAGGGUGUUUGGGAGGAGGGUUUAGAAGAGUGCUUGGCUGCUGGGAGGCUCUUACCCAGGGCUCCGUGCCUCUGAGCAUCACUGUUAGAUAACAACAGGCUGGAAUUUCAUCAUGAGCUGCUGUGUUGCAGCUGAAUGACUCACAGGUCCUGACAUCAGAAACAACUAGAAUCAAGAACCUGGUUUCCCUCUUACUGGCUAUGUGACCUUGGGAAUAACUCAGCUCCUCAGUUCCUCACUUAGCAGAUGGGACCAAGAAUGGCUCGAGACUGUUGUGAGGCACUAAGGACAUGGUACACAUCAAACUGGGCCAAUGUAGAUGUGAGCGGUCAUAGCUUUCACUGGGGGACCUCUCUCCCCAGUAUGCCUCUCUGCAUAAAGCCCCUCUGUGACACAUUUCCCCUCAGAGAGACAAUGUGAAGCUCACUGAGUCCUCAGAAAGAGGAAGUAUCUUAUUUCUCACUGGAAGUCAUCUUGAGACUGACCGUUCUCUCCCCACUAAUCCCCACACACACACCUGCCCACCUUGCCCUCUGUGCCACAGCACUGUUCCCAGAGCCUGCUGUCUGCUCCCUGGGGAGCCGUCAGCUUGGCCUGCACCUGCUCGCUGCACAGAGCUUCAUCAGCUCGGGCGCUCGCCACGGUCCUGUCCCUCUGGGCACUGCUUUGGCUGCAUUUCUUCAGCUUUGGUGUGUUGUGGUUUUGUUUUCAUCACUGCAAAAAGCAUUUUCAAAUUUCCCUUGUGAUUUCUUCACGGACCCUUUGGAGAUUUAGGAAGGGGUUUAAUUUCUACACAUUGGCAAGUAUUUGUUAGGUGCCGACCUAGUGUCCAUGAGUGCUGUGCUGGGUCCUGGGGUCAAUUAGGGAACAAGGAAGGCCAGACAGUAAACACACAGCGAGGAGGACAUCACCAGCCAGUGGCAGUGACUGGGAUGUAGAGAAGAGUGGGAUGGUGGCCUGGGAAUGCCACCAGAAGGAGGCCCUGAGGAAGAACAUUCCAGGCAGAAGGAAAGAUCCAUGUUGAUUUUUUUUUCCAAGAUAGUAGCCAACACCCCCUCCUACCAGGUUCCUUGUGCAGUCCUCCCUCGUACCCAGAAGGAUGUGGAAUAAGAGGGAAUAAGACUCCUGCCUCCACUCCCAGGACACAGCUUCUAGCUGCUCAGGCCAGUUGCUCCCUUAUAGACUGUUGCUCUAUGACCUUGAGCAAGUCACUUGGCCCCUCUAUGCCUUUAUUUUCUCACCUUUUCAAUGGAGAGAACAAAUAUCCCAUCUCAGUUUUGGUGGGAUUCAGUGAGUUAACAGGACAAUGUGCUCAGAAAGGUGGACAGCCUGUGGAAAUGCCAGCCAGCCACAGCUGUUAGUAACAGGUAAUGUCCACCUUCCCACCACCCCAGGUUGCUCCCCUAAGCCCAGCAUUCCUGCACUGAGUGUUUUCGCCUAACCCCUGGGGCCCGACCUAGGUUCUGCCUUUGCUCCUUCUGGAGAGAGAUUAAAUGGAGAAAGUAUGAAGGGCAUGGGAUGUCAAGCCUUGUCCAAGGACAAGGACACUCAGCUGGAGAUAAAAAUAUCGAACUCCGGUGGACAGGGGGUGGAGGAGGCACUCACCUUUUACCUGUGGGAGGAGAGAACCUGCCAUGCUGACAAAGAAUGAGGGUCUGUGUCUUGGGAGGCCCCUGGGUUCCUAAAGUGGGCUGGACACUGAGCCAGGCCCCCAAGGGUAGGGAUGAUGGGCAUGUAGCAGACCCCAUGGGCACCUCUCUUAUUGGCUCAAAGGCUGGCUGGGUCCUGAGAACUCAGAGCAACUGCAGGAGACAGUGCUGGGGCGAUUGUUCAGACAGGACAGCUGCAGUCUGGGAUGUUAAGUACUCCUAGGCAGGUGCUGGGAGUGCUUGCUUGAGCUCCCCCAGGUGUGUGAUGUCAUCAUGGCUGUGUGCAAAGCUCAGGGGACAGAUGUGUUCCAUUAUGUGCUGUGUCGGCCUCUUCAGUCCCCCUGCAGUUCAGGACUUCCAGCCCUGUUUUAAACAUGGAGAAACUGUGGACCCCAGCAGAUGGCAUUAGAUCCCCAUGUCUUCCCAGUCGCAGGGCCUGUGAGGUGCUGUCUGGAUCAGGCUGUCCUCCAGAAAUACCAGCACCCUUGCAAGCAGACACUUCUUCCCACCUUGAAUUCCGGGAGAGCCCCUUCCCAAGGACCGGCUCUUCCUGUUCUCUUGCUUCUCCUGACUUCCCUUUUCUACUCCUAGAAGCAGUAGCAGUAACGACACGUGGUGAUACUUUCCAUGCAUGCCAGCAGCACUUUACCUCGAGAGCUUCCACAUGCCAACACUGCGUCCUCGUAACAGCCCUGUGGCCUAGGGAUAUGCUCUUCUUCCCCCUUUGGAGAUGAGGUGGUCACUUAGUUAGAAAGUGGCAGGGCUUAGAUUUGAACCUGGCAUUCUCGCUCCGGAGCCCACUCUCUGAAUCACUCUGACAGAGCUGCUGUUACCCUCAUUUUACAGAGGCAAGCAAGUCCUGAGGGGACUGAGAACAGAAAGUGGAACCCGAGGUGACAGAGAGUCUUAGAACUGAGAUCAGAGGCUCCCCCAGUGCCAGGGGAGCUAGACUGAGAAGGAGAGAAUGGACUUGCAGGUGGUGAGGGGGAGGAUCUGGAGAUGGACUGGGAGGGUCUCCCUUCUCCCCAUCUGCCAGAAAUGGAGGCAAACCCGGCAGGCAGCAGCGCCGGGGGUGGUGGGAGCAGCGGCAUCGGGGGCGAGGACGGGGUUCAUUUCCAGAGCUACCCGUUUGACUUCUUGGAAUUCCUCAACCACCAGCGCUUCGAGCCCAUGGAACUGUAUGGGGAGCAUGCCAAGGCCGUGGCAGCCCUGCCCUGUGCCCCGGGGCCCCUACCUCAGCCUCCGCCCCAGCCCCCACCUCCCCAAUAUGACUACCCACCCCAAUCUACUUUCAAACCCAAGGCGGAGGCUCCCUCCUCCUCCUCUUCCUCCUCCUCCUCCUCGUCCUCCUCCUCAUCGUCGUCCUCUUCCCAAGCCAAGAAACCAGAUCCGCCCCUGCCACCCGCUUUUGGGGCCCCUCCGCCUCCACUCUUUGACGCUGCCUUCCCUGCCCCACAGUGGGGUAUCGUCGACCUCUCGGGACACCAGCACCUGUUUGGAAACCUGAAACGAGGAGGGCCAGCUUCUGGGCCGGGGGUAGCACCUGGGCUGGGUGCUCCAACAGGUGCACCAGGGCCACUUCCAGCCCCCUCGCAGACCCCACCAGGACCCGCCGCAGGGGCAGCCUGCGACCCAACCAAGGAUGACAAGGGCUACUUCCGGAGGCUGAAAUACCUAAUGGAGAGGCGCUUCCCCUGUGGUGUGUGCCAGAAGUCCUUCAAGCAGUCCUCACACCUGGUGCAGCACAUGCUAGUCCACUCCGGGGAGAGGCCUUACGAAUGCGGCAUCUGUGGCCGCACCUACAACCAUGUCUCCAGCCUCAUACGCCACCGCCGCUGUCACAAGGAUGUGCCACCAGCUGCCGGGGGUCCACCACAGCCCGGACCCCCACUCCCUCAACUGGGUCUCCCAGUCCCCACAGCCAGUGCGGCCGCUGCUGUCCCCACCACAGUUUCCUCUGGCCCCCCAGGCACACCUUCCGCGCCUGCCACCUCUGGGGAUGCCAACACCGCCCCCACUGCCCCUGCAGGCGUUGGCGUGCCCCCUCCGUCCACUGCAGGUGGUGAGGGCCCAUUUGCCUGCCCACUCUGCUGGAAGGUGUUCAAGAAGCCCAGCCACCUUCACCAGCACCAGAUCAUCCACACGGGCGAGAAGCCCUUCUCCUGCUCCGUGUGCAGCAAGAGCUUCAACCGGAGGGAGAGCCUCAAGCGGCACGUGAAGACACACUCCGCAGACCUCCUGCGCCUCCCCUGCGGCAUUUGCGGCAAGGCCUUCCGGGAUGCCUCCUACCUCCUCAAGCACCAGGCGGCCCACGCGGGGGCGGGGAGCCCUCGGCCGGUGUACCCUUGCGACCUGUGUGGCAAGUCCUACUCAGCGCCGCAGAGCCUACUUCGGCACAAGGCUGCCCAUGCCCAGCCUGCGGCUUCGGAGGCAUCCAAGGACGGCGCUGCCUCUGUCCCGCAGCCCCCACCCACCUUUCCCCCUGGCCCCUACCUCCUGCCCCCGGACCCACCCACCACAGACAGCGAAAAGGCCGCAGCGGCCGCAGCGGCCGUGGUCUAUGGCGCCGUGCCAGUCCCACUCCUGGGUGCCCAUCCGCUGUUGCUUGGUGGGGCAGGGACCAGCGGGGCUGGAAGCUCUGGCGCCGGUGUCCCAGGAAAGACUUUCUGCUGCGGCAUCUGCGGGCGUGGCUUUGGGCGCCGGGAGACACUGAAGCGCCAUGAGCGCAUUCACACUGGAGAGAAGCCCCACCAGUGCCCCGUGUGCGGGAAGAGGUUCCGCGAGUCCUUCCACCUGAGCAAGCAUCACGUGGUGCACACCCGCGAGCGGCCCUACAAGUGCGAGCUCUGCGGCAAAGUCUUCGGCUACCCACAGAGCCUUACCCGUCACCGCCAAGUUCACCGGCUGCAGCUGCCCUGUGCCCUAGCCGGGGCCACUGGCCUCCCCACCACCCAGGGUGCGACAGGAGCCUGUGGGCCUGGGGCUUCCACCGCGUCUGGGGGGCCCACGGAUGGGCUAAGCUAUGCCUGCUCAGACUGCGGAGAACACUUCCCAGAUCUCUUCCACGUCAUGAGCCACAAGGAAGCCCACAUGUCUGAGAAGCCGUACGGCUGCGAUGCCUGCGGCAAGACCUUUGGCUUCAUCGAGAACCUCAUGGGGCACAAGCUGGUCCACCAAGCUGCCCCAGAACGCCUGCUCGCACCCACGCCGGGUGGCUCCCAACCCCCUGAUGGCUCCAGCGCCACUGAUGCGGCCAGCGUGCUGGACAACGGGCUGGCAGGAGAAGUAGGGGCGGCUGUGGCAGCGCUAGCAGGAGUGUCUGGGGGCGAGGACGCUGGUGGGGCUGCAGUAGCCGGGGCUGGUGGAGGUGCCAGUUCGGGUCCUGAACGCUUUAGCUGUGCCACGUGCGGCCAGAGCUUCAAGCAUUUCCUGGGCCUAGUGACUCAUAAGUACGUGCACCUGGUGCGGCGGACCCUGGGCUGUGGCCUCUGUGGCCAGAGCUUCGCGGGCGCCUAUGACUUGCUCCUGCACCGCCGCAGCCAUCGGCAGAAGCGGGGUUUCCGCUGUCCGGUGUGUGGGAAGCGCUUCUGGGAGGCAGCUUUGCUGAUGCGCCACCAGCGAUGCCACACAGAGCAGCGGCCCUAUCGCUGUGGUGUGUGUGGCAGAGGUUUCCUGCGCUCAUGGUACCUGCGGCAGCACCGCGUGGUGCACACUGGUGAGCGGGCUUUCAAAUGUGGUGUGUGCGCCAAACGCUUUGCACAAUCGUCUAGUCUGGCAGAGCAUCGGCGGCUGCACGCAGUGGCUCGGCCACAGCGCUGCGGUGCCUGUGGCAAGACCUUCCGCUACCGCUCCAACCUGCUGGAGCACCAGCGGCUACACUUGGGCGAGCGCGCCUACCGCUGUGAGCACUGCGGCAAGGGCUUCUUUUACUUGAGCUCUGUGCUGCGCCACCAGCGCGCCCAUGAGCCCCCGCGGCCCGAGCUACGCUGUCCCGCUUGCCUCAAGGCCUUCAAGGAUCCCGGCUACUUCCGUAAGCACUUGGCGGCCCACCAGGGUGGCAGGCCCUUUCGCUGCUCCUCCUGUGGGGAGGGCUUCGCCAACACCUAUGGCCUGAAGAAACACCGUCUGGUGCACAAGGCCGAGGGCCUGGGGGGCCCUGGAGCAGGGGCAGGAGCCCUGGGGAAGGAUGCCUGACUCCAGAGUUUUAUCUGCAGCUCCAAUCAGAUGUCCCUUCUUGACUCCUCCCUCCUAGGGCUGCUGAUCAGACUCUUCCCCCUCCUUGCUGUCACCUGUCCUUCUGAACUUCAGAUGUUUGAGUCUCCUUCAGGGCACAUGCCCUACAAAUCAAGACUGAAUCACUCCCAUCCUGGAUCUCUGGACCUCCCCUCAUUCUGUCAGACACUGAACUGAACCCUCUGUCCAACCCUCUUUUGUAACCCUCACUAGCCACCCCCAGCAGCAUUCUGCCCUGGGAGCUCUUUGGUGGAGAUUAAUCUGAACUGCCUCCCCUUUGGAAUCUGGCUGGACAGCAGAUAUGAGCUGAGUUGGGAGGGCACAAGGGGGGUCUGGGUGCUCUUGGAUGGUGGGGUGGGGGUGGGGUGGCAGACGAAGCUUGUACAGAGCAGAGGACAAUAAAUCUUAUCAACAGGGUGGUUGAAGUUUAUCUUCAGAUCUCAGGGAGAGUGGGGGUUAAGUGUUGGCGAGAUGCAAGGCUGAGAACUUGUUUCCUUGGGGAUUGUGAUUCCCAGGCACCCUCUGCCUCACAAGCUGUGUUUCAGCUGGUAUUCACUAAGGUUUGGCCACAUUCCAAGCAUUGGCCCAAUGGUUGGGCCAAUGGAAGUGAGCAAAACAGGUAGGUUUCUCCUGUCAAGAGCUGGCUAGGGGUACAGACUGCCCUGCAUGGCACUUUCAGUGUUUGCUCACUUGCCACCCUUUCCUGAAGCCCCUGUCUUUCAGGUCCCAAGCUGGGGCACUGGGUGAGUUAGACAUGGCCCUCACCCUUCAGAAGACUAGGGAACUCCUGUCAGGCAUAUCACAGCCUCGUGUGGACUCAAUUUACAGCUCACUCGUAGCACCUGCCUCUCCAGGAUAAUGAUUUGGGGUUUCAAAAGCCCUUUCAGAGAUCCAUGGUGGUACAUGCCUGUAAUUCCAGCAACUUGGGAGUCUGAGGCAGGAGGAUGACAAGUUCAAGUCUGGGCUGGGCAACUUAGUGAGACCUGUCUCAACAAAGUAUAAAAAGGGAUGGGGAUGUAGUUCAAUGGUAAAGUACCUCUGGGUUUGUCAGCCCCCAGUAACAAAAAACAACUUAUGCAACUCUCAUUUUCAUACAUCACAGAACUGUGUGGUGUAUGUCCUGCAGUACAAGUUUAUAGUCAUCCCGCUUGUCAGAAGAGGAGCAUGGGGUCCUGGAGAACAAAUGAGCUUCAAGGACACCUGGCAAAUUUAUGGUAGAAUUGGGACUCAUCUCAGGGUACUUUAAUACCGAAACUUGAAGAUGAAACAGGGGACACUGUCUGGGCAGGUCUAGUGUGACCCACAAGAAGGCAGCAACCCAGUGUGCCAAGUUCUCAUGCUGCAGACCUACCAUGAAACAGCCUACAGCAGAGCUCCAGGGCUCCAAGGUCACCUGGAAGUGGAAGUACCACUGAAGACUGAGGGAGCAUGGAGUAGUCACCUUACCAGACUGGGGCAAGAGUUAAAAAAGCUUCCUCGAAAGGAGGGUGAGACCUGAACAGUGGAUAAAGCAACAAGAGCUUGCCAGGUAGAAACAUGGGCACAUAAUCCCAGGAAGAGGAUGGGGUGUCCAACUAAACCAGCCAUUCUCGAGAAUUUAAAAUCUAGUACAGCUGGAGGCUGGAGAGGGUGUGUGGCUGGAUCCUGAAGGGGCUUGAAUUCUAAACUGUACAGUUCGGAAGUUUUUUUAGGCUAAAGGCUGAAAACUGGCAGCGGCCAGUCUGGAAGCAAUUCAAACCAUUUAGUUUGUGCAUUAAAAAAACAAAAACUUUGAAUGGUUGGGAUGUAGCUCAGUGGUAGACCCCUUGGAUAGCAUGCUCAAGGCCCUGGGCUUGGCUUAGUUAGCAACAUUGUGGAAUCUAAGAAUUUUAUGUGAAAUCCUUUGAUUUUACAUAAAGUUAACUAAUGGAACGUCUGAAAAUUUGAAGAAAUCUAUCAAACCCAACCUGCAUCCCUGUUGGCACUGAGUGCCAUUACCUUCUCCUGAGGUGUGAAUGUAAAUGCUCCGUUUGCUCUCCAUCCCACCACUCCUUGUUGAAUGCCAACACUGAGCCCAAGUGUCAGUUGCCAUGUUUCACCUCACAGAUACUUUUCCCUUUAAAUCUGGCCAAGCAGCUCUGGUAGGUAUUUAAAUUUGUGAUCCCUUCUCAAAAGUCACAAGGAGCUGUGGAUUGGUGUCAAGUAUACAAGUGGCUCCAGUGUUGGAGAAUGGAGAAGGUAGGGCCUCAGCUGGGCUGCUGUGCAGUUAUCCAGAUGUGAGGUCACUGUUGGCUUGGUCUACAAGAAUAGUGAUGAUGAAGUAUUCAGAUGUCAAAGACACUUAAAUGUGCUACAUGGGGAGACUGAUAAGGGAUUAGGUGACGGAGGAAGACCACAGGAACCUGUCCAGGUUCCUAAGAUGGGGAGAACAAGUGUUUUCCUGGGGAAAUGGGUCAGUUUUGUUAACUCAUCUGCAGGCAGUCUUGUGCUGGCUGAUUGGGACUGACACUAGUGGUUUAUUGUCUCCUGAGCAGAUCAGGGAGCAAGCAAGUGUGCCAGCUGCAGGAUCCCUACAUUGUGUCAGCCUUCCUGAACCCUUCUCCCACACAGAAAUAAAAGGUCUGAACAGCCAGUACCUAUUCAAUCAUAUUCUAAAGAUGAGAACACAGGCUUGGAAAGUGGUACAGUGCAACUUAAACGUUUAUGGAAGACCACAACAUGGCUCUGCUCCCCCACUUCCUCAAAGAAGACAACCCAAAUACAAGACUGACAAAGAGAAACCCUUCAUCAAGUCCUUUAAUAGGAAUAGACUGGAGGUUUCCCACCUCCAGCUUUCAAGUCCUCUUAUUCCACAGUGCCGCCAGAAGGCCAUGCUGCCAUUAGUUAGUCCUUCCUUGGGACUGCCUGGGACUAGGCAAUAAACUGCUUCAAAUUCAGAGUGGAGGAAAGUAGAGAAGCCUGAGACUUCUUUGCAGAUGUGUUGGACCACAGGCUCUAAGCCUAAAGCUUCAGAAAGGAGCCAGUAAGUGGUGGACAUCUUCUGCCUAGGGGUUUGUAGGCAACUCAAGUCCAGUGCAAUACAGUGAGGUAGGAAAAGAUUCCACCACCGUCCACCUUAGGGAGCCCCAAAUAGUCCAGCACUCUGCAGAAGGCCUAGAUCAGGAACAAUAUGGUGGAUGAGAUUUUCCCACCUUCCACUUGACCCUGGCUCCCCUUUUUUAGUGUUCAGGUUCUGUUACAGGCUACAUUUUGCCCAAGGACAACCUAACAAGAAUGCAAACAGGACAGUGAAAUGCUUCCCACCGUAUCAUGUUCACCUGGGCACACACAGGGCUGCACUACCCCUCCUGUGGCCUCUCACCUAGGUGCAGUGUGGGUCUCUGGGAGUCCACAACCUUGGUAGUCUCCUUCUCCAACACCAGCAGCUCACUACCUCCCUGUCUGCCCCUGUCUCUUUCUGCCCACACCCUCCCCUGCAAUCUGCCUUCUACUUCCAGAAUUAUCACCCCCAGACCUGCUCUCCCAGCCUACUGGUCAACUUCCACCUUCACCUUCACCAUUUCCCCAUGCCCCUCUUCCAGAGUGCUAUCUGUCCCGCACCCACUCCCUGACCCUUCAGCCACCUCAAGUGAGCCCAACUGGCUCCCAGAGUCUCCCAACCCAGGCCCCGGCCCAUGGAAGUGGGUGCGUUGGUGCUUGCGGAAGUUGGAGGAGUUGUUGAAAGUGCGAUCGCAGAGGGUGCAGCGGAAAGGGCGCUCGCCAGUGUGGAUGCGGGCGUGGCCGCUCAGCACGGAGGACUGCGUGAAACCCUUGCCGCAGAUGCCGCAGUGAUACGGGCGCUCGCCGGUGUGCACCCUCUCGUGGUCUCGCAUGUCUGAGGAGCGGCGGAACGGUUUGGCACAGAACCUGCAAGCGAAGGGCUUCCCCACCGCCGCGCCAGCAGCCGCAGCGGCCAUCACCACCUCUGACCUCUCCUGCGGCACCCCUGGGCUUGGCUCUCCAGCUGCUGCGGCUUGCGGAGGCCUGCGGGAGGUGCCUGGCUCCAGCCCAUGUCGGUGCUGGUGCCGGAGCAGUGGCGCUAAGGCCUUGAAGGCCCGCGGGCACAGCGGGCAGCGGUAGGGCCGCUCCCCUGUGUGUAAGCUGUAGUGAGCACGGAGGCUGGCGGGACCUGGGCAACUGUGACCACACACGUGACACCGGCUUGGGUCCCCACCCUGCCCGCCCCCAUCUGCGCCUGCCAGGUGGCCAUGUUCAUGGAACAGCAGCUCGGAGACCAGUCGGAAGGCAGCUGGACACAAGGCACAGUGGAAAGAACCUGGCUCUGGUGGCUCUGGUACCAGGGAGGUAUCUGUGACCUUCACCACCUGGAUCUCGAUGAGGUCACUUGGGGGUGUGGCGGGGCGGCCAUCAUCAGGUGUCAGGACCUGGUAGGGGGAGAAGAACAAGGAGCCUGUGGACCCUGCCUGGAGACCUCCCCAGAAGCCCCCACUUACUUAAACGUCUGCUUCACUGCAGGCCACUGCUCCCUCUCCUUCUAGGUCAUUACCAAGUCCCAGGAUGCCACCCCAUGCCCUCAGCUCUUCCCUCUUGCCUAAAAUAUAUCGAGGACCCAGCCACCUCUCCUCCACCCAAGCUCAAACCCCUGUCCUGCUUCCAUAGCUGAAAGAGCCUCCUAGAGGGAAUCUGUUCCCACUUCUUCCCCUUAUAAUCCACCUCUCUUGAGCAGCCUGAAUGGGCUCUUGAAAAUGUAAAUCAGAUAAAGCCACUUUCCACUCAAAACCCUCCCAUGGCUCCAAAUGCAAUUAAAACCCCAAAUCCUCGCUAUAGUAGCCACCCUGAUCUGACUCCUGCUUAUCUCUCUGACCUCAAUGUAAACAGAAGCUGGCACCCAGUUGACUUCUGUCAUCUAAAUUUAGCUACCCAACCCCCACUCUAUCAGCUCUCUUUUUAUUUCCUUUAUAGAAUGUAUCACCAAAAAAAAAAAAUCUCAUUUAUAGUCUCUCUCCUCUCACAGGAUGGCAAGCUACAAGAGAACACAAUCCUUGUCUGUCUUGAUCACCUCUGUUAUAGACCCUGAACAAGCAGCUCAGUAAAUGUUUGUUGAAUUAA